AUGAGUUCAAAAAGCAAAACAUUGAAAAAGGCAUCGACCACCAGUUCAUUGGCUGAUUAUACUUUGUACAAGUAUGCGGAUAUACAAAACUCAUGGAUCAUGUGUGAAGGACAUUUGAAUUAUCGUUACGAUCGAAUCAAAUUAUUGAACAUUUCGCAAUUUGCAAUAUUUUACGUUGUUCUCGCCAAGAUUCCAACUGAUGGUGGAAAACAGAUCGUGGGAGUUUAUUUGUAUCGAAAUCAAAAGCAAAAUCCAUCGAAUUUCUUUCAAUUGGACGAAUACGAUCGAAUUUCUGAUCAAAGUGCAAAGACGAUCAAAUCGAAAUAUUUUCUCUUUGAAUUAAUCGGAAAAGAUCCGAAUGAUAUCGAAAUCUUCGGCGCUGCUGAUGUCAACGAACGAGAUAAAUGGACGAAACAUUUGAAUGAAGCAUUGAAUUGGACAAGACAAAACUCAUCGUCAGAGAAUUUCUCCGUAGCUCAUCUGGUUAUAAAACAUAGUCGGAGAAAUAUUGCACCAAAUUCGGAGCAUUCGAAUGCGGAUGUUCGAUCGAAUUAUGAACCAUUUGCUGUUCCAAACACAACGAUGAGUAUCGAUGAAUUCGAAAGUAAAGCUGAUGAGAGCAAUCGAAAUUCAGUAUUGAAUAACGUGUUUCUGGUACCUCAUCGACCUGUACCUCCAAUUCCGGUUGCAACUGAGCGGAAGUCAACCACUGAUCAAGAAACAGAAAAUAUUUAUCUCGAGGCACAAGAUCUACCUGUGUAUGUUAUCCAACAAGAAGACGAACCGAAAUCUGCUUUACCAGACGACUUGAUCUUUUCUUGGAAGAAUAUUUUCUAUUCGAAUGAAUAUGAUGAUCAUGCGAGCAUUUUGAAUGAUAUUGGUGAAAUCGGUGCAUUUCUAAUUCGACCACAAUUGAAAAGAAACAAAUCGAAAGAUCACGAAUACACCUUGAGCAUCUACGCAUUCGGCGGAAUCAUUAAAUAUAAAAUUUUACAUUUGCUGAAUGGCAAAUUCGGUUUGACAUUGGAUGAUCAAGAACCAAAUUUCGAUACGAUUCCCGAUCUUUGUCAAUAUUACACAAAUCACUCAUUACCACGUUCACCGUUACGAGAUGAUCCGAUCAAAGGACCCGUAGGGAAUCUUUCGUUAAAAUGGCCUUACACAUACUAUUCUCGUUUUUCGAACAAAUUUUAA